AAAAGUUGCAUCUCCUUCUUCACCACCACCUUCCUCCUCCCUACCCCUCUCUCUCUCCGCCGUGCAUCUCUUUCUGUCUCUAAAAAAAGCUGUAAAAAUGUCAUUAUAUUAGGCUUUUUGCUUUUUUCUGUUAAAGAUUCUGAAAAUCAGAUACCCACUUCAUAUCUUUCAAAACCCAGAUAGAUUUUUGGAAACCCAGAAAAACCCACAAAUCUUUUUUGCUUAUUCUGGUUAAAAGCUGUAAAAAGAUCAUGUAAAAAAAUGUCAUCUUUUUAACCAAGAUCAGUCUCCCUAUUCAGCAAUCUCAAAACCCAGCUAGAUUUAGCCAUUUUUAGUGAAACCCAGAAAAACCCACGAAUCUUUUGGCCUUGAAUGAAAAAAGAAAAAAAAGAGAGUAUAAAUUACAAGUAAAAAUGUCAUCUUUUUAGCUAGAAUUAGAUACCCAGUUCAUAUCUUUCAAAACCCAGCUAGAUUUAAUCAUUUUCCAUAUUACCCAUAAAAACCCACAAAUCUUUUAGGCUAAUUUGUUUAUUUAUUUAUUUUUUAAUUUUUGAAAAAAACACAAGUAAAGAUGUCAUCUUUUUAGCUAAACUCAAUACCCAUUUCACCUAUCUAAGAAGCCCAUCAAAACCCAGAUAUAUUUAGCCAUUUCUAAAAAAAACCCACAAAUCUUUUUGCCUAAAAAAGUAUUUACAAAAUAUAUAAACUUAUAUACAUGAGUAGCAUAUUCACGAUAAUUAUGUUAUAACAGUGGUGGUGGAUGGGUUGUGUAAUAUCUAAUUUGAGUGCCAAAUUUGCCUUCUUUCCACCAUCUCCAGCCACAUACCAGAUAAAGAAACAAGAAGAUGGCAAGUUAACAGCUGUUUACACGUCAUCUUUAUUGCCACUGACAUCAGCAGCUGGUGGCAUUGAUGAUGGAUGUUCAGUUGAUGUGUUGUCUCUAAAAACUAGAAGAGGGAACAAGAUUGUAGCUUUUUACCUUAAGAAUCCAUAUGCAAGACUUACCCUAUUGUAUUCUCAUGGUAAUGCUGCUGAUUUGGGUCAACUGUUUGACUUAUUUGUUCAACUCAAAGCCAAUCUCAGAGUCAAUCUUAUGGGAUAUGAUUAUUCAGGCUAUGGAGCGUCAACUGGCAAGCCAAGUGAGCUUAAUACAUAUGCAGACAUUGAGGCCGUAUACGAGUGCCUUCAAACAGAGUAUGGAGUUGGCCAGGAAGACUUGAUUCUCUAUGGACAGUCGGUCGGAAGUGGCCCCACAUUACACCUGGCUUCAAAAUUACCAAGGUUAAGAGGUGUUGUGUUACACAGUGCAAUUCUUUCUGGCCUUCGUGUCGUCUGUCAUGUCAACUGCAGAUUUUGCUUUGAUAUAUACAAGAAUGUUAACAAAAUCCGGAAGGUGAAGUCCCCCACACUUGUGAUACAUGGUACAGAUGACGAUGUUGUAAACUGGCUACACGGGAAUCGACUGUGGAAAAUGGCCAAGGACCCAUAUGAACCGUUAUGGAUCAAAGGAGGUGGGCAUUGCAACUUAGAACUCUACCCCGACUACAUCCGUCAUCUUUACAAGUUCAUAUAUGACAUGGAAACCGUGACCACAAAAAGCCGACUUACAAAGAUUAAACAAAAGUUCCGAAUAUCAAAAAAGUCAAAAUCUGGGAAGUCAACCGCUAAUUGCUGUUGUAUAAAAUUCGGGAAGCCAAGCUGCCCGGACUGUCCGAAACCUCGGUGUCCGAAAUGUUGUGACCUGGAGUGUUUGCAACCUCGCUGCUGUCGUCUGAAUUGGAAUUGGUGCUGUUGCAGGUUGCCAAAACCGAAAUGCCCAGAUGUGAAAUUACCUAAAUGCUCUCCAUGUUUGAGAUGCAGAUGUGGAUGCAGUUGUGGAUGUGGAUGCUUUACAUGUUUAUGCAAGUGUCUACGGAUCACUUGUUGGUGAUACAGAUUUAUUUUCAAGAUCACUGUGGGUAUACAUGUUUGAAUUUCUAGCAGAGAAAGGUUAUAGACAUAAAUUAACCGCUUGUAUAGAUUUUCUUUUUAUUGAUUAGCCUGGAGAUGGUAAAACAUUAGGGAUUUAGUAUUUGUAUGUCACUUGGUUCUCUUUAACUUCUGUCAACUAUCUCAAGAUGCAUUUAUGGAAA